AGCGGGGAGUGGCGCUGGGCGCCUCCCAGCCGCGCGCUGCCGGGGGCUGCGGCCGCGACGCGUGGGAAGGGAGCCGGGAUCCCCCCGCCCGGCGGCAGCGGCGCUGCUCCGGGGCCGCCAGUGAAAUCCGAAACCCGGGGCUGCGUCUGAGGGCUGGCCCUGGGAGGCCGCUCCGGCCUCCCGCCCCUAUAUCUACGCACCCACCCGGCCGGAGCCGCGCUUCCCAACUUUUCGGGGCGCUCCUCGUCCGCCGCCCGGGAGCUGGGGCUGCGUGCGCCCGGAUCCGCCGAGUGCUGGCGGGAGGGGGAAGGAAACACGGCCCCGAAGCGCGGGCGAGCUAAAACGAGCCGUCGCCGCUUCCCCGUCCGUCUCGAGAAGCCGCCGCGUUGAUGGGAGAGUUGCCCAGGCCCAGUAUGGACGAACACACUGGCCCUGCAGAGAGUCCUCCUCCGAGCCACGGGCGGCACAGCGCCUUUAAGUGUGGGUGGCUGCGGAAGCAAGGAGGCUUCGUCAAGACCUGGCACACGCGCUGGUUUGUUCUCAAGGGGGACCAGCUGUACUAUUUCAAAGAUGAAGAUGAAACCAAGCCGUUGGGUACCAUCUUUCUGCCUGGCAACAGAGUAAUUGAGCACCCCUGCAAUGAAGAAAGUCCAGGGAAGUUCCUUUUUGAAGUUGUUCCAGGAGCAGACCGAGAGCGGAUGACAGCUAAUCAUGAGACGUACCUUCUCAUGGCGGGCACGCAGAAUGACAUGGAGGAUUGGGUGAAAUCCAUUCGCAGGGUUAUAUGGGCACCAUUUGGAGGAGGUAUUUUUGGCCAGAAGCUAGAAGACACUGUCCGAUAUGAAAAGCGAUAUGGGAACCGCCUGGCUCCUAUGCUGGUGGAGCAGUGUGUGGAUUUUAUCCGGCAGCGGGGGCUGAAAGAAGAAGGCCUUUUUCGGCUGCCUGGGCAGGCUAAUCUUGUCAAGGAGUUGCAGGAUGCGUUUGACUGUGGAGAGAAGCCUUCUUUUGACAGCAAUACAGAUGUGCACACAGUGGCGUCGCUGCUGAAGCUGUACCUAAGGGAACUCCCAGAGCCAGUCAUACCAUACGCAAAAUAUGAAGAUUUUCUUUCCUGUGCCAAAAUGCUCAGCAAGGAGGAAGAAACGGGCCUGAAAGAAUUGGUGAAGCAAGUAAAGAGCCUGCCAGCUGUCAAUUAUAAUCUACUGAAAUACAUCUGUAGAUUCCUUGAUGAAGUCCAGUCUUAUUCAGGUGUAAACAAAAUGAGCGUGCAGAAUCUGGCUACUGUUUUUGGCCCCAACAUCCUUCGCCCUAAAGUGGAAGAUCCUUUGACUAUCAUGGAGGGUACGGUAGUAGUCCAGCAGCUGAUGUCAGUGAUGAUAAGCAAGCAUGAAGAGCUGUUUCCCAAGGACGCAGACCCUGAGAUGGGACCUGAGGUGUGCAACAAUAACAAUGAAAUGCCAAAGAAAGCAAUAGUGGGGCAGUUGCAGAACAAAGAGAAUAACAACACCAAGGAGACAGCAGUGAGGCGCUGCUCCUGGGAUAAACCUGAGUCUCCCCAAAGGGGAAGCGUGGACAAUGAAUCUCCGACUGCUCAGCCAGGCAGCAAGACAAAUAGCCCCAGGAACAGCAUCCAGAAAUUAGAUGUCACCAGAAGCCCACCGCUCAUGGUGAAAAAAAAUCCGGCUUUUAAUAAAGGCAGUGGCAUAGUCACCAACGGGUCAUUCAGCAGCUCUGUGGAGGGCCAAGAGAAGAGCCAGACCUUACCCAACUGCACCCUGCAGAGCAGGAGAACGUCAUCCCUGAAAGGAGCGGUGACUAAGAUGGGCACACAGAGCAUGCAAAACGGUGGUGUGCGGAUGGGUGUUUCUAGCACUGACGGGCUCACCACCACCCUCAACAACCGGGCUGCGGGCUGGGCGCCCAAUGGCUAUGUCACGCUGAGGGACAACAAGCAAAAGGAUUCAGUCAGCGAGUCAGGUCAGCACAACAGGCUCUCCACCUAUGACAACGUCCACCAGCAGUUCUCCAUGGUGAACUCUGAUGACAAACAGAGUGUGGACAGUGCUACCUGGUCAACGUCGUCUUGUGAAAUAUCCCUCCCCGAGCACUCCACCUCCUGUCGUUCAUCCACCACCACCUGCCCAGAGCAGGACUUCUUUGCGGGUAACUUUGAAGACUCUGUGCUGGAUGGACCACCAAAUGAAGACCUGUCCAACCCGGGUGACUAUGAGAACAAAAGUGACCGAAGGAGCGUGGGGGGCCACAGCAGCCGGGCCACCAGCAGCAGUGACAACAGCGAAACAUUUGUGGCCAACAGUACUAACAAUCACAGUGCUCUCCACAGCCUGGUGUCCAGCUUGAAGCAAGAGAUGGCCAAACAAAAAAUAGAGUAUGAGACAAGGUUAAAGAGCUUGGAGCAGAGAAAUCUCACCUUGGAGACUGAAUUGAUGGCCCUACACGAAGAGCUGGAUCAAGAGCGGAAGAAGUUCACGAUGGUAGAAAUCAAAAUGCGUAAUGCAGAACGGGCCAAAGAAGAUGCAGAGAAGAGGAAUGACAUGCUGCAGAAGGAAAUGGAGCAGUUUUUCUCCACUUUUGGAGAACUUACAGUAGAGCCUCGCAGACCAGAAAGAGGCAACACCAUCUGGAUCCAGUGAGCAUUGGAAGCUUGGACUGUGGGACCUCAGGGAAGGGCUUGGGGGUAUUACACUGCAUCAGGUGGCUGGUCACCUGUCUGAGGCUAGUACUCAACAUAAUGUUAUAAAUCCUUGAAGGAGGAAAUCAUAGACAUUAACCAUUCAUAUCUACAGCGUGUACUUAUCAAGUUAUGCUCUUUGAAUGCUUCAUAAGACUACUGUCAAGUGUUACAACUGGAUAUGUGUAUAUAAAUUUAAAAAAAAAGAAUCACCUUAGAGAGCAAGAGAUGUAUCUCAAGAAAUAUUUUAAUGCAAGUCUUGUAUUUAAACUGGUAAAUUGAAAUGUUGUUGCAAUCAAGCUUUAUAUCAAGGCUUUUCUCCCUUGCACUUAACAUAAUAAGCUAUUUUUGGCAUUGUGUUACCAUCAGCUUAUUUUGUAUAUCAAAUGUUGUUUUUAUGUUUUGUUUUGUUCCCCCCUCUAGCUGGGGAGUGAAGAUAAACAGAUACGUUAAGG